AUGAAGUUCAUCAUGCUCAUCUGCGUCUCGGCCGCUGCCUUCCUCGCUGUUGCUCGCGCUGCCCCCUUCUUUGAUCUUUCCCAGCUUGAUUCGCACGGCUCCAGCUGUGCCUGGCCUGGCCACUGCGAGGGCAAGUGUGCCAAGAAGGAUGACUACUGCUCCUGGAAGGGCCACUGCGAGGGUGCUUCUUGCAGCAGCGAGCACGACUGCUCCGACGAUCUCGUCUGCACCAAGGACAAGUGCGCCAAGCCUUCCUGGAAGUCCUCUGCUGCCGUCGAGGGCUCGACCUCUGACGAUAGCUGUGGGAACAACAUCCCCGUCUCCACCUAUACCGAGUGUACCUACCUCCGUGCUGAGCUCGAGAAGCUGUUCUGCCAGGAUGGUGGCUCUGAUCAUGCCGUCGCCUGCAUGAACGCCGUCGACCACUCCGCCGACCAGUGUGUCAAGGCCGUCGACGACCACAAGACCUUCUGCUUUCCCCGGCACUAUUAGGCACUCCGGCACGAGACUGGGCUGAGCUUUCCCGACUCUGUUUGGUUGCGGCCGGCUUCUUCGCCCUCCCCCAUUUUUGUACAUUAGUCUCGUUGCACUCAGCCGCAGCGGCC